AUGCCUGCGCCAAAAUCCGGCUCUCAAGGAACCGCCGGGCGUCCGUCGCUACCCUCUUUAUCGCUCUCCUCCACCACCCCUUCCUCGGCCAUCUCUACUCCAGCGGCCACUCCCAACCCCCUCUCGGCCACCUCCUCCUCCUUCGCCCAAGCCUCUAAGAGCCGGAAUGCUCGUCAUACCCGAGCCACUUCCUGGACAUCCGGUCACGAUCAAGGCGGCGAACCCGACCCCGCGGACUUUACCUCUUCUCAACAACGUCGUCGCCGAGAAUCCAACAUCUCGUUAGCUGACGUCUCUGAGGGCUCUUCCGGCCGCUACGACGACGAUUACGACGAUAAUCGCUCUCACACCAACAUGGCCGUGAGGAACACUUCCUUCGACUGGGGUCCUGGACACGCUCGCAGUCGCUCUCAUUCCUACAGCCAGCCACAGAUGUCUCUCCUACAACCUCAAGAACUGGCCGACUCGUCGGCUCCCCGGCCUCGUCCAGCACCCGUUACAUGGAUGUCCCUUCCGCGCAAAGGGCAGUUGGCCCUGUUGGGUCUCUGUCGUGUCUUCGACUUCCUCCAGAUUGCCUCCCUGCAAGCUUACAUGUUCUACCAACUGAAAUCCUUCGAUGAGAACCUCUCCGACGCCGAUGUCUCCACCCAGGCCGGUAUCCUCCAGGGUGCCUUUACCGCCGCGCAAUUUGCAACAGCUAUCCCUUGGGGCCGUGUCGCCGAUGCAGAAUGGGGUGGUCGCAAGUUUGUCUUGCUGGUUGGUCUUAUUGGUACCGCGUUGUCCUGUCUGGGUGUUGCCUUUUCGACGUCGUUCGCGCAGGCCGUGUUCUGGCGUUCUUUUGGCGGUGCCAUCAACGGGACGGUUGGUAUUAUUCGGACCAUGAUCGCGGAGAAUGUCAAGGAGAAGAAAUACCACUCGCGCGCGUUCCUGAUUCUGCCUAUCGGGUUCAACGUCGCCGCGUUGUUCGGACCUGUGAUGGGUGGUAUGCUGGCUGAUCCGGUCAAGGCGUAUCCUCGACUCUUCGGUCCUGAUUCUUCUUUCGGCGGCGCCGACGGUGUGCAGUGGCUCAUUCGCUACCCGUAUGCGCUGCCCAUGCUGGCGAAUUGCAUUUUCCUGACAUUUGCUGCGGUCUGUGUCGCCAUCGGUCUUGAAGAGACUCUGGAAGCUUGCAAGGGCAAGCCCGGUCUGGGCGUGUUCUCGAUGCGCAUCUUCGCUCGCGGCAUCCGGGCCAUCGUUCCUUCGAACUCUCCGCUGUAUCAGAGACUGCCAUUCGCGGACUACGACGAGGCUGGUCCUCUGCUGAACCGCAGAGACCCGGCCGAGAGCUACGAGAUGGAAGAGAAGGCGACCAAGGCAAGCCGUCAGGCUCGCACUUUGCCUUUCCGCCGGAUCUGGACCAAGAACGUGCUGUGCACGCUGUUGGCGCAGGCCUUCUUCGACUUUCAGAUGGGUGCUUUCAACAAUCUCUGGUUGCUUUUCCUCUCUACCCCGCGUUAUGAUGCCAACGACCCUGCCAGUCCGGUCCAGAGACUGCCCUUUAUCUUCACUGGCGGUCUGGGCAUGCUGCCACAAAGUGUUGGUUUCGCUACUGCCAUUCUCGGUGUGAUUGGCAUGCUUCUCCAGUUCACCAUUUACCCCAGCAUCAACAACCGUUUGGGCACGGCCAAGAGUUACCAGUACUUCUUGACCCUUUUCCCUCUGGCGUACGCAUUCGCGCCAUACAUUGCUCUUGCUCCGUCGUCCGCACCCCCGCCGGGCCAGGCCAACGGCGGAUGGGUGUGGUUCUCCAUCAUUGUGGUCUUGUUCCUGCAAGUGACGGCACGAACCUUCACUCUUCCCACCUCCAUCAUUCUCCUGAACAACUGCUCUCCGCACCCGUCAGUGCUCGGCACCAUCCACGGCAUCGGCCAGUCCGUGUCCUCGGCGUUCCGUACCAUUGGACCGAUCUUUUCCGGAUCGUGGUACGGCUACGGUCUGGAGAUGGGCAUGGUCGGAUUCGCCUGGUGGCUGAUUGCAUUGGUGUCGGUGUUUGGCUGCGUGGCAGCCAUCUUUGUCUACGAAGGUUCCGGACAUGAAGUCUUCCUCCCCGGUGAGGAAGAAGAGCGGGACUAA